CAACGCGCGGUUGAAGCGCUGCUGCAGUGACGCGCUGAAUGGAGCGAGUGGGCGAUGCGGAGCGCCACUUCACUCGUGUAUCCAGCCGAUCCGCUCGCACGAUCCCCGGGCAAUUACUGCGGCGACAUGGCAGAACGGCACCGAGGAAAACGGAGGAAACAGGCAAACCCAAGGAGAAAUCAAGGUGGCGUGGAGCAAUGUCUGGGCUCUGAAGGCGAGGAUGAAGGCAGUGUUUGGGGUAUGGACACUCUGGACAGCAGAGAUGCUCAGGAUAAAAUAAGUCUGACACCCAGCGAGGGCACCGAGCCUGGCAGUCCUCUCCCGUGUGCCCGCUCACACAGUCUGAGUCCACCAGGAGAGAGCUGGGGCGAGACGGAAACCACACCCCUCAAAAACACGACCACAGACUCAGAACACACAGACAACAGCAUGUACAGUCAGAGCAACUCUCGCGUCUUAGAGAACGAUCCUCGUUAUGACUCAAUGGUGCAGCUAAGAAAAGUGUCGCAUCUUCUCAGUCCACAACGCAACGGAUCCAUGAACUUGUACCAUAUAGGCAGUGUUCAAGGCGACAUGUCACCCGUCUGUUGGUCACCAGAAGAACACGAGUCACCCGAGGGGAAAGACGGUGUACCCAUGAACACUGAUGGCACAUGGAUGCCAGUUCAAACAUGCCCGUAUUGCCAGCGGACGUAUCGCACUCUGGGUGAUGUCUCUCUGAAGGAACAUAUGAAGUUCUGCCAGGACAGAGAUGGAGGGGAAGAUGUUUGCCCUCUCUGUGGGUACAGUACGCAAUACCGCGCACAAAUGGAACGCCACCUCACCCUUCACAGCCAAACUCAAGACAAGAAUCCCAUGUCGGAUUCAGCCAUAGAGAACAGGAAGUUUAAGUGUAAUCAGUGUGGAAAAGCCUUCAAAUACAAACAUCACCUUAAAGAGCAUCUUCGCAUUCACAGUGGUGAGAAGCCGUACGAGUGCUCGAACUGUAAGAAGCGUUUCAGUCACUCCGGGUCCUACAGCUCUCACCUCAGCAGUAAAAAGUGCCUUAGUGGAGGCGGGACAGGAAAUGGCCACUCCCAUUUUAAUGGCCACUCCCACCCUGACUACCUCUUCCCCUCCCCAACAUCGCCUCCUGUGGUUGGCGGUAGAAAUGGCAGUCGAGGAAAGGGAUCUCCGUUCGCCCCCCUGUGUCAAUACCCAAUAGACCCACUUGCCACGCCAGGACAGGAGUCUGUGCCCAUUUUGCAUGCAGUAGAGCUGAGCAGGUCGUGGGACCCUACAGUGGAUUUGGCCAUGAGGGCGGGCGUGUUUAAAGGCACCACUCUGCUACCUUUACUGCAGUCGCGCAGCAAGUUUGAACACCUGUUGCAGGAAAUGCUUUGUAAGGAAGUUGGAGAACAGGGGCAAGGAAGAGAGAGGAAAAAUGAGGUGCCCAUCAGUGCCGUGACGUGUCGAUGGUGCUCAAAGGCGUUUCCCAGCGAGGCACUGCUAAUGCAUCAUGAGCAGUAUCAGUGCCGGAGCAAAGACAUCAUUAACAAUCCACUGUCACAGCGACCCAAAGACAGAUCUCCACUGAACUUCUCUCGACUCUCAAACCUGCCGUAUGACACCCAGAUAUCACCAACUACCAAUAACGUGCCUUAUAGAGACCUUUCGUCGCCCCAGCGGGCAACCUGGCAUUCUGUACCAAAGCAGAUCCUCGUGCCUUUACCUACACCACUAUUAUCCCAAGAUAAACACUGGCCAAAUGAAGAAAUUAGUAGUCCAAGAAAACCAAAUCCCGCUGAUCCAACAUCCCCAGCAUUAUCUGACCGCCAACAACUGAUCGCCUCAAGGUUUGGUUCUCCACCUUGCCUGGAUCUAUCUUUCAAUUCCACAUCACCACGUCAAUCGAGUCAACAUAUUACGUUAUCAGGAUCGAUCCAGAACGAACCCUUGGACUUAUCCAUCCCCAAACCCCAUUCUACCUCUGGAAGUAUGCCACGAGAAACCAGAGAUCAGACUUGUAAUGGCUACUCGCCGCAGCAAGGGAGACGUGACAUGGAUAGUAUGUUCAAGAGACUGAAUCCACCCUCUCAGCAGCAGGUGGGUGGGGUCUAUGCACCGUCGCCGCUCUUUGGAAGCACGGUUUUUAGUAACUACCCCCUCUUUAAUCACAUGGUCCCUGGCAGCCUAGCAGGAAUGGGGCACAAUGGUCUGACAUCACUUCCUCUCACGCCACCAACGCCAAGCCCGGGGUUUCUCUCUCCAGUGGCAUAUAUGAUGGAGGCGGAGUCAGAAUCGAUGUUGAAGAGAAUACAACAUGAAAGACAUUCUAUGAUGAAUGAGGCUUUGAAUCGUGGUGGUCUGGAGUAUCUGUCUCUGAUGGAGGAUGGGAUGGAUGGCGAGAUCGGUCCCGGGAGAAAGAGACUGAAAAAGACGGAGGAAGGACUUUACGCCUGCGACAUCUGCGACAAAACCUUCCAGAAGAGCAGCUCUCUCCUGCGCCAUAAAUACGAGCACACAGGGAAGAGACCCCACAAGUGUCAAAUCUGCAAGAAGGCUUUUAAACACAAGCAUCAUUUGAUCGAGCACAGCCGUCUGCACUCCGGAGAGAAGCCGUAUCAGUGCGAUAAAUGCGGUAAACGAUUCUCUCACUCCGGCUCGUACUCGCAACACAUGAAUCACCGUUAUGCAUUCUGCAGCCGAGACAGUGACCCGGACGCACCCGGAGAGGAUGCGGCACUGGGGGACGGCGUUCCGUAUCUGAGCCCCAUCACGGAACGCCAGGACAGUGGCACAUAUCUCAGUGACUCCAGUAUGGAGGGAGUGGCGCUGGAGUACAGAGAGAAAGAGGAGGAGGAAGAGGAUAGCUUGCUCAGUAAUCACAUCCAUGAGAGAGGGAUGAGAACAGAUCCUCAAUGGAUAAAGGAAGAAACUGAGGACAAAUCCUUCAGACAAGAGGAGAGGCAAGACACAGAGAUGAACAAUCAGGAGAAUCUGAUGAAUACGGAACGGAACAAAGACAUGGAGAGGACAAACGAGAUGGAAUGAGACAGGAAGAGAAAUAUCUCACCUGUGUUUACCAAAGAUGUGAAAAACACUGACACUCUGGGAUACGUUUCAUUUUUAACGUUCAAAACAACAUGUCAGAACAACAGAUCUGUGACGUGACGGUGGACAUUCGGAUUAAAGCGUUCCUCUAAUAGUGCUUUUAGGUCAAUGCCAAAUAUAAUGUAAUUCUGAGACCACAAGUGAAAAAUCUUCUAUUUUGCUUUUUUCUACUUUAACACAUUUUUGAAUGUGGUGUCAGACUUUUGGUCUGUGAGAGGCAUAAAUAUGUUUACAACUCAGCCAACUUAGUAAAUAAGUCAUUAAAUAUUAAAUAUAUGAAUACAUGAUUGAGGAUGUAAAAGCUCAGGAGCACAUAUUUACAGAUGUCUACAUACUCGCAGAAGAAAAUAUACUGUUGAAGGUACAAAUCCAUCACUGAGGUGGUGCUCUUGUUUAUAUUUCCACUUUUAAGGAGACAAAAGGUAUGUUUGGUUUUUUCCCAGAGGAACAAAUCAUAUAUAUUUACCUUCAUCCUCCCUGAGACUCGAGCGUGACUGCUGUGUGCAUUUUCCAUUUACCUUUUUGAUCUGUAACUAGUAGCACCUAAUAAACAUGCAAAAAAAAAUUAUUCUAGAGCAAACAGUUUUCCUAAAAAUGUAUGUCCUCAUAUGUGGACAGCGGGACUAAGUUGUGAAAUUUGAUAUAAUAUCAAAUUAUAGAAAGUCAGAUUUUUUUCAUCAAAUUGCUUAUUAUGUAUCCAGGAGUGUUGAUUAUUCAUGUUUUAUGAGACGUUACAGAUAUUACAUCAGAAAUGAUCAUAAUUAAUUCAGAUUCAAAGUAAUGUCCAGCAUCAUCCAAUCACUGUCAAUCAUGUUAAAAUAAAUGAUACAUUAUAAAUUCUGAAUCUAUGUACUGAUUAUCAUUGUCACAUGUCUGUCAAACAUGUUGAGUGAUCCAAACAUCAUCUGCAGCCUGAAACUGAACUUUUGAUCAGAUUUUAGGAGUGAAUGCACUUAACUGCAUAGAGAGCUAUAGGAUGCUCCCUUGCUCCCUAUUUAGUGAAUGACUUAACCUCCAGUGUGCUGUCUGUCUGCACUGGUCUCAGAACAGUUUGAAAUGCACCUUAUUUUCAUCCUAACUCCAUAUAAAGUCUCUGAAAGACACAUUUUUCAGCUUUUGGAUGCAUCCAUUUAUUCUCAAUGUGAUAAUGUACAGUAAAUAUAGGCCUAUAGUCCACGUAUGUGGUCAUUGUGUUUAUCAGCGUGCCGUUUCGCGAUAAAGUGCUCAAAUUUAAAAAAAUGGCAUAUCAGAUGAAACUAGAGGCUCUAAUCUUUUGACUCAAACAGGUUUCAAUGUAAAAAUGUAAUCAGGUUUCUUACCAGAUGUAGUUUUGUUGGUGUUUCUCCCAAAGGCAAACUCCUCUGUGAUUGACACCAUAUUGUUUGAUCACAUGACUCCAUUGGUCGAAAGUUUAACCCUUUACUGACAGCACAGAGUCUUCUGAACUGAGAUCAGUCGGUUUAAAUUAAAUUAAAUUAUACGUUGCGUAAAGCAAAGCCUAAAUGUAAUGUCCACGCAUGUGGACGCGGGGUCUCGGGAGGUUAAAGGUACUCAAAAGGUCCAUAGGAUAAAAUUAUGUACCCAAAAUGACUCGUAUAUUUUAACUAGUCCCCCUUAGAGUACCACCCCAGUUAAAUGUUGUUGUUUUUUUCUUUUUCAUAAGAGUACAUAAGUUACAAGAUAGUACUGGGAAAAUACUGAAAUAUAUCAAUGUAAUAAGUAUUUAAAAACAGGGCUCUAAAAAGCAUUCACAGUUUAGAGAGAGUACGUGGAGGUUUAGUUAAUGAAUGAUUCUUCAUUUAUGGUUUUUGUUCUUAAACUGAACUAUAACUCAGAACUAAAAUUAAACCGAUAUCUGACAUCUGUGAACUGGGAAAAUAAGAGAGUAUAUUUGGAAGAUAAUGAGAGACAUUCAAACCUCAAACCAGAGUUUUACCUUCUUCUUAGCAUCAUUAGAUCCGUUUGUACAUUCAGAGUGCCGAUAAAUGUGGAUCCGAUAUAUAUACACCCAAGAAUGUGUGCUUAAAUUAUGUACAUUUUAUAGUACCAUUGAUUCAUAGAAAGAAAGAAAGAAAUUUGCUAGCUAGAAUACGAAAACAUGCUACUAAAAGUAGUAUUUCCUUUAUACUGCACUAAACACAGCCUCUGAAACAGACCAUUUUAAUGCCAAAUUAUCAGUGCCAUAAUACAGGUGCUCACUGUCUGCCUUCACUUAUUACUUGGCUUUUCUACUUUAAUGUAAAAUUCUCUGUUUACCUGUAAACAUGGACAUUUCCAAACACAAACACACAGAAGUACUGUGCAGUAUUUCCACCAGUGUUAUUUUUGUAUCCAAAUUUCUAAGCUUUGUUAAAAUGUUAAUACAUCAACUUUGUAAUAAAAUGUUACAUAUUUAAAAAAAAUGCAGAUGUUGAAGUUUUUAAUUGUAGUCUUCAGAUGCAACGUGUUCAAUUGUAUUUCAUCCUUGGAAGCGCAAGGAUGGUUCUUUUUUAUUCACGUAAAACACAGUCCUAAUAAAAAGUUGUAUGUAUGAAGCUGUAAACAUGACACGUAUUAAAUAAACAACUUAUUUGGCUCAAGUUAAAGGGACA